AUGUAUUUGAAUGAAGAGAUGCAGUCCGUUCAGUGGUUUGCUCUAUUAUGUACAGCCACUGCCUCUGUUGCUAACACAAAAAUUCAAAUAAGUAUUGCCGUAGAACGUAUCUCUUAUUUAACAGCUUCCCGUGAGUCUUUAUGCAUCCAUCAAUACAUGACAGGCUAG